UGCUUUUCCGGUCGCGGGACUAAUAGACACCUGGCGUCGAAACAGCCUGUCUCCCUCCCACAUAGCCGCGGCAAAGAUGGCAGACUCGGGCACGAACUAUCGGAAGCGGUUACGGACUUCCCAUGCUUGCGACAUUUGCAGAGUGCGUAAAACACGAUGCGAUGGCAGAAGGCCCUGUGGAUCAUGCCAGGCAUCUGCACAGAGCUGCUGCUAUGGCGUCGAACCGUUCUCGAGAGGGAAGAGUGAUCUAAUACUGGAAGGAGUGGAACAACUGGAGGUUCUUGUGAAUCAGUUGAAUACUAAGAUUGAUUCCGGCCUUUCUGCACUUGCGCUUCUCACGCCCCCUGUGAAUGCCGGCACACCGCGCGCGGCUGGGAAUGGCCCCUGUGGCCAAGUAUCGCCCUCCAGUGGAAGCACAGAGACCAUUGACAAUGCCGUUCUGAGGCUACAUACAUCGACCGCGGAGUCAAUUCUCGACUGGCCGUGUCUCGCGACGUUCAAUUCCUUGCGAGAUGGAUACACGCCCGUCUUCCAGCUCGAGCAAUCGCGCCAGCCAUUCCGGCACAAGAUGCGAAUGUCUUAUCCCAGGCUCCCAGGGGAAGACGUUGCCAGUGUGGUAAACGCGUUUUCUCGCACAAUCAACUUUGCCUUUCCCGUGACUUCUGUGGACCAGAUCGCGCGCUGCUCACUGUCGAUUGCGGAUGCUACUGUCAUGCAAGACGACAAUACGGAUGCCUGUCUGAGUCUGCUACUGGUCGCGUUAGGGUGUGCAAGCCAAACCGCCUCGCGCCUGCUUAAGCCCGACUUCACCGUAGAGGAUCAAGUCUGGUGUGCUUCGCGUCGCACGUUGGGUGAUCACUUCUUUGACUUGGCGAUGAUGAGGCUGCCGUCCGCCCAUACAGAUACAACGGGCACAGCAGUUCACUGUCUCUUCUUUGUCGGAUUGUACUUUUGUUAUCUCCGUCGACCUCUUCAAGCCUGGGAGUACAUCAAUGCUGCCUCCGCCAAAUGCCUCCUGCUCCUGAACUUUUCGCACUCUGCAUUGUCAAACGAGGGACUUGAUCAUUUAAGGCGUAUAUUCUGGGCCUGUUAUAUUAUUGAAAGUGACUACAUUGCAGAGCUGUCGGCCCUGCCAACUUCGGGCAUCGCAUCGGUCGAAUCCCAGGUACCUCUUCCCGGUAGAUAUUCUACACAUGAAAGCCCGGAUGAGCAGGAACAAUCGUCGCUGUAUUUCCUGGCUUGUAUAUCGAUCCGCAGGCUUCUCAACCGCGUCCAUCAACUGUUGUAUGACAGCGUAAAUGGCGUUGCCAACCACCCUGACCGAUUUCCCCAGGUCGUGGCCGAGCUGGACCAGCAGCUCAAUGGCUGGCGGGAGGUUCUGCCGGAAUCAGUAUCGUUCACCCUGGAUGACUCGAACGUCCGCGAUGGUAGUAUAACCGAAGCUGCAGGUUUCCUGCGUCUGAGAUACUUGGGUUGCCGCAGCGUUAUAUAUCGGCCGUAUCUGGCGUCAGUGCUUAGUGAGGAGGGUGUCGAUUCGGCCACGGGCCAGAUCAGCAGUAUCGUUUGGGAAGGGAGUAAGAAUUGCAUAGAGUCUCUGUCCUUGCUGGUGCAGUCGUUGGAUAGUUUCUCGCACCAGGUCCUCAUUGAUACCUGGCAGUCUUCGUUAUCGUUUGCCUGUUCCAUGCUGAUCCUUCUGGCUGCGGCUAACAAUUCGCAUCUGCGGCCGCUUAUUGACGACGGAGUUCUAGCGGCUGGGAAGCGUCUUGUCGCAUUAUAUCAACAGUGGGAGAGUGCUAUGGGAGGUCCGAAUUCGCCGAGCGUGGAGCAGAGCGUGCGCCUGAUGGGUCAUGUCGACGUGUAUAUCAAUCAUAUUUCUAGUUCUUAGCUUUAAAUCGAUGUUACUCCCAGCGGAGACAAAAAGGAUGAAAUGAGUGACUUCAGCCCAUGGCAGGAACAUGUCCAAGUCCAAAUUGUGG